GGAAUUGAUUGUGAGUGUGUGUGUGUGGUUGUCUGAGAUUGAGAAAUAGAAAACAUAUUAGAGGGAGGGAUGGGCACACCAAAUUGUUGAGGCCCCCCUGGCGCCCCCUGGCGGCCCCCACUUUGAAAACCACUGCCCUAGAUAAUGAGCAACAGCCUGUAGUAAAUAAUCUGUUGUUGUAGAGAAAAACGUGGAGUUAUUUUUAUUUUUAUUUUAUUUUAUUUUUUUUUUAAAUAAUGCCAGGUUUAACAGUUAGGAUACUAAUAUUAGGAUGUAGACGUCAAAGUCAGUGUGAUAUGCCAUGCAUUAAAAGGGCUAAUGGUGCAUCUGAAAGUAAUUACAAAACACACUCCACCAUGACUUAUAAACCAGUUUCAGUCAAUCUUGUGUAUACUGGUGUGGAUGUGUAGAUUAGAUGGAGUUUCUCAUGCAGCGGGAAUCCGGUUCUCUGUACCCGGAUUAACAGGUUUGUGAGGUCACACCCUGUCCUCCCAAAAGGGAUAAAAAAUCAUGAUCAGAGGUGGAGCAAACCAGUCCGAGAAAACCAAGCUCAAGGAAGAGAAACUUUAAUUCAAUGCGUUUGUUCAUUUAUUUAUUUAUUUAACUUUUGCAUUAUCCAAAAGAGAAAAGAAAAUGAUGCGCAUGCCCGAGCUCCAGUGCCAGAAGAACUCUCUGUUCACGGCCAUGAACCGCUUCAUCGGCGCCGUCAAUAACAUGGACGAGACGGUGAUGGUGCCGAGUUUGCUGCGUGACGUGCCGCCGGCGAGCGCCGGAGAUGCUGGAGAAUACCUGCGCGCCGCCGAGGCCGACAUGUACACCUACUACACCCAGCUGAAAUCCAUCCGCAACGAGAUCGAGUGGGGAGCCGUGCUGCGAGGCGAGGAGCCGCAGAGACCCGCCGAGAAAGCAGCCGAGCCCGGGAUGAGCGAGCAAGCGGAGCUGGAGAACCUGCUGCGUUUCCAUCUGAAGGGCCUGUACGGUGUCCUGACCAAACUCACCAGCCACGCCAACGAGCUCACCGACCGCUACAAGCAGGAGAUCGGUAUAUCUGGAUGGGGACAGUGAGACAGAAAGACGGACCAAGACUCGAACCGUCCUGAGGAGAGAACUCUUCUGGAUUGAAAGUAUUUCCUUUUGGGACUAACAUUAUUUUCGGUAUUGACCAAAACUGACGCCAAGUGUCAAGCCACCUAUUUGCACAAGUUUGUCCUAUAAGAUAUACUAUGUAUUUGGGAACUAAAUGUUGCAUUAUAUGUGUUACUAUAAUGUAGAGAGUGGGCAGAGGACUAAUAUGGUCUUAUGAAUGCAAUCCCUCUCUAACAUCACCUCUUCAGCUGUACUGAACAGCUGAAUGUAUUUAUUGUUGUUUGUUUGUUUGUUUGUUUGUUUGUUUUGUUUUUAGUUUCACUGAAAGGAAAAUGAUCUGAAACUAUACCUGUCCAUCAAUGAUGUGGAAUGCUCUGAAAUAGUACAAGUCAUGAAGAGCUCCUUGAGAUGUUUGUUGUCGCUGUGCUAUUGUUGUCCGAAACAUUUUGUUCAUUGUUAAACUUUUAUAUAUAUUGGAGAUUAUUUAUAGUAAAAUAAACCCGAUGUGUUCAGUGUA